UGGUAACUACAGAGAUGCAUAGCAGAGGAAGGAAGAAAAUUCAGGAGAGGCCUCCUGAUGGGGCAAGACAGGCUCUAAGAUCCCCUCAGCUCUGGACAUCAGCAAACAAGCCUAACAGGAAAUGAUCCAUUCCAUGUGGUCACUUAUUCUGCCUUCUCUAACCCUCAAAGUUCAAAUAGUGAAAUGGAUGACGACAGAGAAAGAGGAGCAGUUAAACUUUAUUUCUUCACUUCUGGCCUUAAGAAGACAGAAGAAAUGAAACUCCUGGAUUUUAUACCCACCCUUCCUCAGAGAAAAAGCUCUGCAUGGCAGGCUAGAAGAGGAGGGCUCCUGUCAGCCACUCUGUUACUGACACUCCUCUCUGGUGGCCUGACACUGGUCUCAUUGUACCAAGUGUUCACCCUGCAGGCUGAGUUGAGGAGUCUCCGGCAUGAACUUCAGGGUUAUCGGAGCCGGACUGAGCAACUGGAGGACCUGCAGAAGGAGAAAGCAGAAACCCACCCUACUAUUCUUCAGUCAGAAGCUGCUGCCAUCACCGGACUACAAGAGAGUGGGGCACCCGCUAUCACAGGAGAAAGCAAUCCCCAAAUCAGCCUUAGACAAAGCAGAAGGAGCAGAAGAGGUGUUCCGGACUCAGGGGAAACUAGAAUACAAGACUGCUUGCAGUUGAUUGCCGAUGGUACAAGUCCCACCAUACAAAGAGGUUCUUAUACCUUUGUUCCUUGGCUUCUCAGUUUUAAAAGAGGAAAAGCCCUAGAAGAAAAAGAAAAUAAAAUACUUGUCAAAGAAACUGGUUACUUUUUCAUCUAUGGCCAGGUUCUGUACACAGAUACCACCUUUGCUAUGGGACAUCUUAUACAGAGGAAAAAGGUCCAUGUUUUUGGGGAUGAACUGAGUUUGGUGACUUUGUUCCGGUGUAUCCAAAACAUGCCAACAACUCUCCCUAAUAAUUCCUGUUAUACGGCUGGCAUUGCAAAGCUAGAAGAAGGGGAUGAACUUCAACUUGCUAUACCUCGUCAGGAUGCCAAAAUAUCCCAGGAUGGAGAUGGCACUUUUUUUGGUGCACUGAAGCUGCUCUGACACACUCAUUAGCACUGUGUUUGGGGCUAUUUCCUUCUCUUUUUCUAUACCUCUUGGGAGGGGGGAGGGGAACUGGAACUACCCAAAUUGGUUAUAUUAGUCUUUUCUAUGAGCCAUUUGUCUUGGUUUGAUGAAUCCAGACCCAAACAGGAAACCCAGCAAACAACCACAGCUGAAUUACAGCCAUAUGAAUGAUGACAAAUUUAGCCCAUUUUAAUAGAAAAGGAAUUAGAAUUUUUUUUUAACUUUGUUGGCAUAUUUUGUCCUUUGGUUAUGUCUUUAUAUUCAGGAUGUCACAUUAACUUAAAAGGGACAGUGAGGAUUCAUUCAAAUGUCACAUUCCAUAGUUUCAUAAAACAAAGAGGUGUCAAAAAAUGUUGUCAUUGAUAAGAAUAACAUAGAAGUUACUUUUUAUGUUUGUGUCUAUUGGACCAUUUUUCUACCUAAUGUUACAUAAGAUAAGACAUUACCAAAAUAAAAUUAUAUCUAUGAAACAAAAACAAAAGCAAAAUGUAAGGGGUCAACAAGUAUAAUGGCAUGUUAUUAAAGAAUUUUGCUCAAGAUACUGUCUUGGGAGUAUUAGAGCUUUGACUUGUAUCAUGUUACAUUUAUCUUUAUAUUUAGUUUUCUGAAUUACUUGAUGACAGGCAAACUUCUCAUAAGAAGGAAACAAAAAAAAUAAGUAUGAAGAUGUAUCAAAAUCACCAGAGGAAAUGAAAAGAAGUUAAACAAUUUGGUACAUGAGCUUGGACAGAAUUCGGGAGAUAGAGGAGGAAAGAAGGGCCUGGUGUACUAUGGUCCAUGGGGUCAAGAAGAGUUGGACAUGAUUGCACAGCUAAACAACAAUAAGCAUUCUGAUGUGUAGUUUGGUUACAAAUCACAUCUAAAAUUUGGAUAUAUGUGCAACAUGAACUGCACAAGUAAUUGCAAUUCCAAUGACAUAAGGAAUGAGCAAACUCCAUUAGUAUAAGUUGAUAUCCAUUUCUUAUACUUGUUUCAAAUUGCUUCUAUUAUAAUUUACAAGUAAAUUUACUGAAAAUGUUGGCAAUUAGCAGCCAUAGCAUUCUGGCAUGUACAACUGAUAUGACUGAUAUAUAACUGAUCUUUAAUUGUGGAAUCUAGAAGCCAACAUAUCUCAUGAGUUUUUUUUCCUUCAAGAACCAGCAUUCAUUGUAAAGAACUAAUUAAAUUGGUUAAGUCCCCAAAUGGGAAGAUUGCAAAAAUAAGAAACUUCAGUUCCAACUUUGCAUUAUGUUUAAAAUUAACUCCUACUCCCAUUGUUUAAAGCUAAAUGUUAUAGUUGUCAUUUAAAAUUCAAUGCAUUUCCCCUUACAACACAUGGACCAUAUCUAAUGUGGAAUUCUUGGUUGUAUUUCUUAUGUUGCUACUAAAUAAUUUAACUUUUUAUUCCUCAUUUUCCCUAUACAUAUAACAGUCUGGCCUAUACCAAGUAUAUUUGGUUUGUUGUUAUGUGACUCCAAAUAAAUUUUUCAUCUUCACAGUUACAAAACAUUUCAAAAUUGACAUAUAUUCAUAUUUCAAAAAUAUUAUCAAAUCUGGAUUUUUGUCUGUAUUUGGAAAUUAUUGAAUUCAGUACUAUACUUGAAAGAGGCAACAUGACAUAAUGCAAAGGAGGAUGGCCCGAGUCAGAAAGACCUGUGUUCAAGUCCUUUUUCUGAAACAUAUUGGCUGUCAGCCCAUGGGAAAGUCACUUAACCAGCAGUUAGCAUAAGUAGUAUUAUUACUCUUUUGAAGAUGAGGAAACUGGAGUUCAGAGAAAUUAAAUGAUUCAUCCACAGUCAUUACAGUUAACACAUUUUAGAGCCAGAAUUUAAACUAACUCCUAGUGCAGUGCUUUGUCUUUGACACCUAUCUUCACAUAACCCUGAUCAUGAACAACCAAAGACAUUGCAAUAAAAUAUAAGUAGGAUGGAAGAGGUAGAGAGUUGAUCUCUGAGUUAGGGAGACCUGGCUUAAAGUCUGACCUUUGACACAUAGUAGGCUGUGUGAUUGUUUACAAGUCAUUCAAUCUUUUCACGCCCCUGGUAACUCUCUAGUUUAUUAAGUUUGGGAACAAUUGCAUAUACUUAUUGGAUGAGGAGGUUUCCUCACUGGGAGUUUCUAUACCAAUGAAAUUACAUAUAUGGACCAAAACUGGAAAAAAAUUGCAGAGAAGUGGGAAGUACAGUGUAUGUUUGGGGCUUAAUAGUUCCUCUAGGUUUCCUGAAACAUGGAGUACAUGGAAAGGGAUAGUAUGAGUUAGCUCUAGAAAGAGAGGGUUGAGCUAAAUUGAAUGCCAGGAUGAGGAGUUUGAACAUUACUUGCCAGGUAAUAGGAUGCUAUUGAAUUAUUUUUAAGCAGAGUAUUGCCUAAAUGUAUCUAUGCAAAGAAAAUAAUUUUGUUUGAUAUUCCACUGCACAACACAGUUUUCCAAAAUAGCUUAUUGUCCUGUCCUGGCUAAAUUCUGAUUUUUAAGGUACUACAACACAUAGCUGCUCUGUGAUGGACUAGAGAGGUUAAUGCAGCUUCCAGUGAUGCUUCAUUUUAUAUAAGGGAGUAAUGAAUGUCUGGGAGAAUAUGUUUGAACAUUUUAAGGUUCUUGGAAGUAGAGACCAUCUUUUAAAUGUGAUUUCAUAUGUUAAUAAAAGCAUUCAAAAUGGUUUUUUUUUCUGAUUCUAAUUCAAAUAAAUAAAAUUUUGCACUAUA